UUAAUCUGUUUUGAUUUUGAAGCGGAAAGAGCACCAGAAGUUUUCCAAUUAUUUCUACAGAGAAACGUCAAAAACUCCGACAUCAACAAGUAUGAUGGCUAUUAUUGACCAAGUCAAGAUGCUUCUUGAAGAAGGAUUGUAUUCAAAUGUUGUGAUGUUGGCAAGCUUGAUGAAAACAGCCAGUGAACAGAACUCAGAAUUACUGACUGGACCAGAGAAAUAUCAACUGCAGGUUUACUACGCUGAUGCACUCUUUGAGAUGCAAGAAUACAAAAAUGCUGAGGUUAUUUACAGAAAAGCUCUCCAAGUGAAGAAAGUGUUGAAUAAGAGCAAAGUUAAAGGACCGGUACCCACUCAACCUCCUCAGUCUAUACCUAAUGAUGGACUUCCCUCAGAGCUGAACGUCCGCUAUAGAAUCUACGAAUGUAACUAUCAUCAAAAGAACUACAAGGAAGCUAUCGCAGUAUUGCAGAGUAUUCCAGCCAAACAGAGGAAGCCUAAAGUCAACAUGGCCCUCGCUAAGCUGUAUCAAAGAAUCGGAAGUGAAAGACCAGCUGUUACUUGCUUUAAAGAAGUUCUCAAGCAGUUUCCUUUAGCGCUAGAAGCUGUACUUGGCUUGUUAUCUCUUGCUGUAAAGGGAACUGAGGUUGCUGCACUUACUAUUAACAGCUUACCAAACACCAACAACAUAGAGUGGUUAACUUUCUGGUUGAAGGGACACUCCUACAACGCAAGCAAAGAUUAUGCAAAGGCAGUUAGCACAUUCAAGAGUUUGGAAACUGGAAGUGUAUUGCGUGAGAAUAGUUCAGUCCUGUGCUGCCUUGCUGAAAACCACUUUCUGGCUGGUGACCUUGCUAAUGCUUUACUUGUUUAUAAAAGGGUUCACUCUCUGGACCCACUCUGCCUAAAAGGAAUGGAUAUCUACGCUUAUCUACUUGCUCGUGAGAAACGCAUGGAUGAACUGAUGAGUUUAUCUUUCCAACUGAUGUCAGUUAGUGAGCAGAGAGCUGAACCUUGGAUCGCUAUGGGUUACUAUUAUUCUGCCAAUGCUCUUAGAACAAGUAGGGCUGUCUACUUUGCACAAAAGGCCUACCAGAUUGACCCACGUAAUGUGCAAGCAUUGCUUCUAAAGGGCAGUGUGCUUCAACACAUGAGUAAAACGCAAGAAGCUUUACUCCAUUUCAGAGAAGCUGUACGGAUGGCUCCAUUUAGAUUUGAAGCUCACCAAGGUCUCGUCGACUGUUAUGUAAAAGCAAGCAGAAUCCGAGAAGCUUUAACUACAGCGUCCAACGCUUGUAAGGUCCUGAGUAACAGUGCUCGGUCAUUGACGCUCUUUGCCUCAGUCCUUGCUAAAGAUAGCCUAUCUGUGGACAAGGCAAAGUCGAUGUUGGAGAAAGCCUUGGCACAAGAACCUACUUACUUAGAGGCAGUGUAUCUCUUAGCGGAGGUACUGGGUGAAGAACAACGCUACACAGCUGCCAUUGACCUACUUCGACGCCAACUCCAACAACAAAGUACAUGCCAGCUACACCAGAUGCUCGGUGACUUUCUGUCUCUGAAUAAUGACCUGCAAGAAGCUUUGGAUCAAUACAGUGUAGCUCUAGGGUUGGAUCCAACAAACAAGAAAGUCUUAGAAGGAAUUCAGAAAGUUGAGAAGGUUACAGACAACGUGGAUCUUGGUCAGGAAGAUGAUAUGGAGGCACUUGAGGAGAGUGGGGAAGAUGUGGAUUAUGACGCCAGUGAUACUGAAGUCUCCUGGGCUGAUAAUGAGUGGUUCAGCUAGUAAUGACUGUCCACCAUCUUGACCUCCAGGAUGAAACCAAAUCAUUGAGCUACAGCGGCCAGCUACAAGAGGACCCCCCAAAACUGGUUCAUCUAGUAGUAUAAGUGUGACCCAAGUAUGCAUAGUUCAGUUUAUAUUUGGCACACCUUGAGCAAGUUCAUGUGUGCGUAUUGAGGCGACUGCUGACCAGCAACAAAGAUGCGCAAUGAGGCACUCAUUCAAACCACUCAUUUGGAAGCCUAGUCAACCGUCCGUACCACGGUACUUAACACUCCAUUGCCUUCCGCGUUUUCACUUAAGUGUCACUGGUUCCCCUCUGCGCUUAACACUGUUAGCAUGGA